AAUUUAUUGAACUUCAGUGCGUUGACUCACACAUUCAACAUAACGACAGCGAGAAGGAAACAUUCAAAACUAACCAAUUACAUAUUUUAAUCGUGUUAGCAUUGAUUUCAGAACGAAAUUGGCUUCUGCAUCAAAAUAAUUAAACCUUGCGAUUAAAUCACGAAAAAGAAUUGUUCAAAUGAAUAAAAACAGAGACGAUUCAAAUAUUUCUUCGAAAACCUCAGCUGGGUCUUCAGUUGGUGGCGUGAAGCAUGUUGCAACCAAAAGCGAGAACGCAUUACACGAGAACAACACUGACCGGUCUGUAAUUGGAGACGCAAACUUUUUAAAGGGAAGACGUAUUGCUGAUCCUGUAUACAUGAUCAGAGAAAUCCAAAAACUUGAUGCGCACUCCAAGCCCUCUGGUCGAUGUGAUUUUAAUAACAUGAAGUGCUAUAAGGAAAUACGACGAGGAUUGGCCAGCCAUUUUUUCUUUAAGUGCGAUGUAUGUGGCUAUGAAAAAGCUGUACCAUCAAAUCCACCUGGUAAGCAGAACAUAAAUACGGCAGCUGUUGCCGCAACCAACAAGAUCGGAAUUGGAUUUCAGGAAGCUGAAACACUUUUCUCUCAUCUUGAAGUUCCGUACCUCAGUGCUUCUGAAUACGCUAAACAACAAGAAAAAUUGAAACGAAAAGAAAACGGGAAGUGACAGUUUCUUCGAAUUUGAAAUUAUAUUUUUUGGUCACGUGGUUCCUAUGCUUUGUAAAUCCCU